CUUCCUCUUCUCAGUGACAUCAUGCAAAACCAUCUUCUCCAGAUGCUCACUUUGGUUGCCAUGGAGAAGCCUGCCUCUACCAACUCGGGCGAUGUGAGAGAUGAGAAGGUGCAGGUGUUGAAGAUUAUAGCACCAGUGAUGCUCCAUGAAGUUGUCCUGAGGCAGUAUGAGGGAAACCCUGAUGUGGAAGGAGAAGCUAAACUGGGUUACCUGGACGACCUGAGCGUUCCGAAGGCUCACACGGCCACUUUCGCCACUGCGGUCCAUGUCCAUAACAAGCGCUGGGAAGGUGUGCCUUUCAUCCUGCGGUGAGGAAAAGCCUUAAACGAGCGCGAGGCCGAGGUGAGGCUGCAGUUAUCUGAUGUGCCCUGCGACAUCUUUAAUUCACAGUGCCAGAGGAACGAGCUAGUGGUACGCGUGCAGCCUGACGAGGCCAUUUAUGCCAAAAUGAUGAGCAAAAAACACGGCGUGUACUUUAAGCCCGAGGAAACGGAGCUGGACCUGACCUAUCGUAGCAGAUACAAGGACGUGAUGCUUCCUGAUGCCUACGAGCGUCUGAUCCUGGAUGUGUUCAGUGGAAGUCAGAUGCACUUUGUACGCAGACAGUUUUAA